AUAGCCAACCCGACACACCUAGGAUUCCAAGAUGCAAUAUCUCCCUUAAUAGAAGAGCUACUAUAUUUUCACGACCACACAUUAAUAAUCCUCUUCCUUAUUAGCUCCCUCGUAUUUUACAUAAUCUUCGCCCUAUUAUUCCCUAAACUAUACUACCCAAACACCUCAGACGUUCAAGAAGUAGAAGUAAUCUGAACCGUCCUACCAGCCAUUGUCCUCAUCUCAAUUGCCCUACCAUCACUACGCACCCUAUACCUCAUAGACGAAACCAAUAACCCCUGCCUGACUAUUAAAGUAACCGGACACCAAUGAUACUGAUCUUACGAAUACACCGACUUCUCAACACUCGAAUUUGACUCCUACAUAAUUCCCACACAAGAUCUUCCCCAAGGACACUUCCGCCUACUAGAAGUUGACCACCGCAUAAUCACCCCAACUAACUCAACCAUCCGAGUACUAAUUACAGCAGAAGAUGUACUACACUCAUGGGCAAUCCCAUCCAUUGGGACAAAAAUGGACGCAGUCCCAGGACGCUUAAACCAAGUUAUAAUUACACUUGCCAAUCCUGGAGUAUUCUACGGCCAAUGCUCUGAGAUCUGCGGGGCAAACCACAGCUUCAUACCUAUCACCAUAGAAACCAUCCCACUAAACCACUUCCAACUCUGAUUAGAAGAUUCUAUUCUCUCCU